AUGUUGAGAGCUCGUACUUUUCAGGAGCGCGGCAAUUCCUACGUAUGCGCCUUCUGCCGCCACAAACUUUCGCCGAGGGACUCGCAGCUUAGAGAUCGCCAUGCUUCCAGCAUCACAGCUUCAAUAACACCCCACAGAGCCACCGGGCUAUUGUCUUGCCAUUUGGCGCAAAUAUCUGGCGUGCGUUCCCUUUCGACGACUUCUGCGCUCCGAGGACUUAAUGAUGGUGACAAGCCGGGUGGUUUCCCCGGCGGGGGUUUUCCUGGAGGGUUUGGAGCUGGAUUGGGGUCAUUUGGGGCGUUUGUGAAGAAGCCGGUGACAGAAACUACAAAAAAGUCUGUCGAACUGCUUCCUCACGAGCUUGAAGCUCGUCAGAAGAUGGGGCUGCCUCUCAAGAGGCCGCCUCCGAAGCCUGCCCAGGCACAAGCGAAGGACAACGCCAAGACAUCGCCAGCUGCUCAGAACGUAUCUCAAAAUCAGGGCCAAGGCAAUGGAAGAGGCCUAGAAAAAAACAAGAGGGCAAAAGGAAACCAGCAAUCGGGUCGAUUUAACGACAGGAACAACAAUAAUAUCAAGCAGAAGCAGCAAACGCCGCAACCACAGCAGAGCCAAGAGGUGAAGCCUUCGUCCAGCCCGUUAUCGAGUUCCAUCCUUGCCGAAGCCUUCAAGACAGACCGAGCACCAGCGCUAGUAGCGACACCCAGAGCUUGGUCUACCAACGAACCCCCCAAGCCAGCCACCCCUACCUGGGGAGCUUUUAGCUCUCGAAAGAUAGACACGCAUGUACCUCUAAUACAGAGCCAAGCCGAAGCGAAGCCCGCAGAAAAGCAAUCAGAAGCACAAGCCCAAAAUCCUCCUCCAUCGACGAGCCAGGGUAACAGCGAAGCUGUCUGGGGUCAACUGAAGCGCUCGAGGAGAUCAGUCGGGGAGAAAGCAGAAGGCGAAGAGGGUGGUUUCUGGGAUGAACUUGAAACUCGUGUCACAAACAUUCGCAACAGACCUGCCCCCAACGUCACUGAACAAUACCAAUCUGUCCUUCAAAGCGAUGGCUCAUGGUCCACGGAGGGCCAGCAGCCAUUGGAAGAUCAACCAAGGCGUAAGUCUCGCUUCGAGAUAGAGGAGGAGGAAGAGCGCAACAAACGAGAUAAGAAGAACAAGCGCCCAAAGAAUGUACGCCAGAACAACUACGAAGACGAGGAUAUGGAUGAGGAUGCGAUUAGACGGUGGGAAAGCAGACAGCGCAAGAAGGCCGAAAAGGAUGCCAAGAAGCACCUGGAAGCUGCCGCCGAAGCCGCACCAGUGCCUAUCUUUCUCCCAGAGUACAUCGGUGUUUCCAAUCUGGCUAGUGCUCUUCAAAUUCGUAUCGCAGACUUCUUACACGAUUUGGAGUCUAUGGGCUUCGAGGAAAUCACGGAGGAGACCAUAAUGACUGGCGAUACGGCUGCUCUCGUUGCUCAAGAAUAUGGCUUCGACCCUACGGUGGACACGGGCUCUGAGCGCGAUCUCCGACCUCGACCAGCACCAGAAGAUCCAUCUUUGUUACCCAGCAGACCUCCUGUUGUGACAAUUAUGGGCCACGUCGAUCAUGGAAAGACUACCCUUCUAGAUUGGCUACGAAAGUCUUCGAUUGCUGCUCAGGAGCAUGGCGGCAUCACACAGCAUAUCGGCGCCUUUAUUGUUCAAAUGUCGUCGGGUAGUCAAAUUACUUUCCUUGACACGCCUGGUCACGCUGCGUUCUUGUCUAUGCGUCAACGAGGUGCCAAUGUCACAGAUAUCGUGGUGCUGGUUGUUGCCGCGGACGACAGUGUUAUGCCACAGACCCUUGAGGCACUGAAACACGCUACGGCUGCCAAGGUUCCUAUCAUCGUUGCGAUCAACAAGAUUGAUAAAGAAGAUGCCCGAGUCGAUCAAGUCAAGGCUGAUCUUGCUCGCCACGGCGUUGAAAUCGAAGACUAUGGUGGUGAAGUGCAAGUUGUUCCUGUCAGUGGAAAGACUGGUAAGGGUAUGGAAGAUCUUGAGGAGAGUAUCGUUACAUUAUCUGAGAUUCUUGAUGUUCGUGCUGAGGUAGAUGGCAUGGCCGAGGGCUGGGUCCUUGAAUCGAGUAUCAAGCACACUGGCAAGACUGCUACAGUGCUCAUCAAGCGAGGAACCCUGCGCAUUGGUGAUGUCAUUGUUGCUGGCAAGUCGUGGGCCAGGAUACGAGGUCUACGGAAUGAAGCUGGCGCCGAUAUCCGAGAGGCACCACCCGGAACUCCUGUUCAGGUUCUUGGCUGGCGUGAGCUCCCCGAUGCCGGUGAAAUGGUCCUCCAAGCACCUGACGAGGGCAAAGCCAAGACAGCAGUUGAGUAUCGCGAGGAAAUGGCCGAGCGACAGGAAAGUUCCAAGCAACUCGCCGAACAAGAACAACGCGAACGCGAGAGGGCUGCUGCAGAGGAAGCCGAAGCAGCAGCAGAAGAGGAGGGUGUCGAAGGGGAGCCUGCCAAGGCUGAACCUGGCAUCACGUUUCAGAAUUUCAUCGUCAAGGCUGAUGUUGCUGGUUCAGUGGAGGCUGUAUGUGGCACUGUUCAGGAACUCGGCAACAAUGAAGUCCAAUCGAAACUCCUACGGUCUGGUGUUGGUGCUAUUUCGGAGUACGACGUCGACCACGCUGCUGCCUCCAAGAGCAUCAUUGUUAACUUCAACAUCCCGAUCCUCCCGCAUAUCCGCCAGCGUGCGGACGAAGCUGGCGUUCGCAUCAUUGACCAUAGCGUUAUCUACCACGUUGUUGACGACGUCAAGAGCGCUCUCUCGGAUCUGCUACCUUAUAAUAUUACGCACAAAGUGCUCGGUGAGGCAGAUGUCCUACAACUGUUUUCUAUCAACAUUCGGAAACGUUUGUCAAAGAAUAUUGCUGGUUGUAAAAUUCGUAACGGUGCUAUUAAGCGGACGUCUACAGUCAAGGUCAUCCGUCGUGGAGAAGUUAUUUUCGAUGGUAAAAUCGACACGCUCAAGCAUGUCAAGAAAGAUGUCAUGGAGAUGGGCAAGGGUACCGAGUGCGGUAUCGGUCUUGAAGGCUUUGAGGAGUUUGAGAUCGACGAUCAAAUCCAGACAUAUGAGGAGAUUAAGGAGAGACGAUCACUGUAA